AUGCCAAAAGUUGCUAUCUUAAUUUACUCAGUGGACGACACAAUUGCUACGUUAGCAGAGAAUGAGAAAAAGGGUAUCGAGAUAGCCGGAGGUAAGGCUGAAAUCUUUCAAGUGCCAGAUGUAAGCAGCAGCAGCAGCAGCGAUAAAGAACAAGACGACGACGAGGGGAAAGUCAAAAAGACAAACGCUGAUUUCAGCUACAAGAUCCUAACUAGAGAAACGUUGGUUGAACACGAUUACUACCUGUUUGGAAUCCCCGCCAAGUUCGGUAACUUCCCCGUGGAGUGGAAAACCUUCUGGGACUCCAACACAGGCGGCCUUUGGGCCAAGGGCUCGCUCCAUGGCAAGAUAGCCGGCCUGUUUGUUUCGGGCGCAAUAAGCGGUAAGGGGGACACAGAGAUGUGCAUCAUGAACGCAAUGAGCACCCUGGUCCACCACGGUAUCAUCUACGUUCCACUGGGAUACAAGAACGCGUACAAGGAACUAACAGACACUGAUGAUGUCAAUGGGUCGUGUGCUUGGGGGGCUGGAUGCGUCUCUGGCGUGGACGGUGACAGACCUCCCAGCGUGUCAGAGUUGAAAGUUCAUCAACUCCAAGGGAGAGCAUUCUACGAAAGAAUCAGAGACUUGUAA